UGGGCUGUGAAUCACCUCUGCAGGUCUUGCUGGAAAGGUGUAGAUAUGAGGACGGUAACAUUAGUUUUGUUGCCUAUGAGAGGAGGCUGCAGGUUUUCAGGACAUAUAUCCUGGGGCUCUUUGGCAUCUCAGUGAAAUGUCUUCUCUUCGGUACGUGUAUGUGAAUCUUUUCAAAACUGUGCCCUAAUAAUUUGGCAUUUUUUGAGGCCAUGAAACUAGAGUUGGGUCAGCCUGAGCAGAUCCUCUUCUGUUUCACUGGUGCUCUGUAGAGGUGUGGGAACGUGCUCGUAUGGAGUGGCACAGAAAACAGACCUGCAGCUCAACCUGUUUGCAUUACUGUUCAGGAGGUAUAGAUUUAGGGAUUCAGGAUUUAUGGUCCUGUUGCUCUUGUCCGGGGAAUGGUUUGCAGAUUCUUCCUGCUUUGAGUGAGAGAUGAACCUGUGAAACAUCCAUUCCCAUGCAGUCCAGGCUCUCAGAUGUCUGCUGGGAGUGUACGCAACAGUAUUGCUACGAAAGGAGGCUGCUUGUAAAACAGUUGUAAUUCCCUCAGAUUCACCUUGCUGGUAGAGCAGGCUUUCUCCUGAGCAGAGCAGGAGCUGCCAGCGAGGGAUGCGUAGGCUGGAGGGAGCCGAGGGAGUAGUUCCUCCCCUGGUGACUCAUUUGUAUGCUGCAAUGUGCAUGAUGUCCCCAGCAUGAUCCAGCUGCUAUGACAUUGCAGGCUACUCUCCUGCAGGAUGUCAUCCAAGAAAGGAAGCGGUUUUACCAGAACGUUAGCAUCUCGCAAGGAGAAGGAGGCUUUGAAAUAAACCUGGACCACCGGAAGCUGAAAACGCCCCAGGCGAAGCUCUUCACUGUUCCCAGCGAGGCCUUGGCUAUUGCAGUGGCAACAGAGUGGGACUCCCAGAAGGACACCAUCAAGUUCUACACUAUGCACCUGACCACAUUGUGCAACACAGCUUUGGACAAUCCUACUCAGCGAAACAAAGUACAGCUGAUCUGUGCAGCUGUGAAGUUCCUGGAGACUGACACUGUCUGCUAUCGUGUGGAGGAGCCAGCUGCCUUGGCAGAGCUGCAGAAGAACGAAUGGGAUCCCAUCGUUGCCUGGGCUGAGAAAAGGUAUAACGUGACAAUUGGCUCCUCUACCAGCAUCACAGGGCCAAAUAUCCCAGCCAGCACCAAGGACACCUUCAUCAGCCAUCUGGCGUCUUACAACAUUUGGGCUCUGCAAGGUAUAGAAUAUGUAAUCACCCAGCUGAAAUCUCUGAUUCUGUCCAUGGGUCUGAUUGACAGGCACAUUACAGUAGAGAAAGCCGUGCUUCUGUCUCGCCUCGAGGAAGAAUACCAGAUUCAGCGGUGGGGCAGCGUGGAAUGGGCCCAUGACUAUGAUCUGUGUGAGCUGCGUGCUCGUGCCGCAGCUGGGACUCUCUUUGUUCACCUCUGUUCAGAGAGCUCAACUGUAAAACACAAGCUGUUGCAGGACUAAGGCUGUCAGGCUGCUGAGUUGGGCACAGGAGGAAAAAUGCCCAGCUGUGAAUUGCUGGCACACCCCAGAGGAUGGUAACCACCACCCUGCCACCACAUCUUCCCUGGGAUCAGUCUCACGCUGAGGGGUUGAGACUUUGUGGCGAUUCCUCACUUGAACUGAUUCCUGCAGCGCAGCACCAGCAGUUUUGAGCCCAUGAGGAGGAAAGGUCAGGGUGAAAUCCCUUUGCGUACUCAAGAUAACUGCCCUUUCCGUUGCUAGUGUCGUCUGUAACUCAUUAGAGGAACACCCACCAAAGAAACAGCUUCCUGGACAAGGCAGGGCAUGGCACAGACAUACCCAACAUAUGCCACAUGUCUUCAUAGCUGCCAGCUCCUGACACACACUUGUUAUGGAAAUCUGAAAACAGACUCCACUGCAUCUGUUCUCCAUCCCUCAGUGUGCCUGUAUGUAACACAAGGGUCUCCAUGUUUGAUUAAAGGCACAUCCCUGCUAGGUACUGAAAGCUAAUGCAUCUGAGUAUUUC